AUGGCAGUGGCCGCCUCACCAUCGCUCACCCUUCCCCCACCCGCGCGGCGCGCCACCCAUAAGCCGAGCCGCCGCACGCCGCCGCGAGACGUGGUCACCUGGACAUCCGCCAUCGCGCGCCCGGCGCGAGAGGGCGACCUGCCGGCGACGGCCGCGGCGCUCUCCGCCAUGCUUUCUUCCCCCGCCGCGCCUGCACCCAACGACGUCACCCUCCUGACCGUCCUCUCCGCCUGCGCCGCCGCCGCCCCCUCCUCCCCGCUCGCCAGGCCCCUCGCGCUCUCGCUCCACGCCCUCGCCAUCAAGCUCUUCCCCAGCCACCUCCUCCUCUGCACCUGCCUGGCGCGGUUCUACCUCGCGUCCCGCCUCCCCCACCUCGCCCUCCAGCUGUUCCGCUCCAUGCCCGUCAGGUCCGUCAUCACCCACAACACCAUGAUCACCGGCCUCAUGCGGAACGGCCUCGUCGCCGCCGCGCGCGAGGUGUUCGACGGAAUGCCGGCGCGGGACAAGGUCUCCUGGACGGCGCUAAUCGACGGGUGUGCCAAGAAUGGGCACCACGAAGAGGCGAUCGACGGCUUCCACGCCAUGCUGCUGAACGGUGUGGAGCCAGACUACGUGACGUUGGUAGCAGUCAUCUCUGCUUGCGCCGAGGUGGGCGCGCUCGGGCUCGGGAUGUGGGUGCAUCGGUUCGUGGCCAAGCAGGGCCUGGAGCACAAUGUCCGUGUCGCCAACUCGCUGGUCGACAUGUACGCGCGGUGCGGGCAGGUGGAGCUCGCGCGGCAGGUGUUUGGGAAGAUGAGGAAACGGACCGUGGUCUCCUGGAACUCGAUGAUCGUUGGUUUCGCUGCCAACGGACGGUGCGCUGAUGCAAUCGAGCAUUUUGAGGCGAUGCGGCGGGCGGGGUUCAGGCCGGACGCGGUGACGUUCACCGGCGUGCUCACGGCCUGCAGCCAUGCCGGGCUCACCGACGAGGGGCUGAGGUACUACGACGCCAUGAGGUCGGAGCAUGGCAUCGCUGCGAGGAUGGAGCACUACGGGUGCGUGGUGGACUUGCUCGGCCGGGCGGGGCGCCUGGACGAGGCGAUGAAGGUGGUGACGACCAUGCCGAUACGGCCAAACGAGGUGGUGCUCGGAGCGCUGCUGGCAGGGUGCCGGAUGCACGGAGACGUUGACAUGGCCGAGCAGCUGAUGCAGGACCUUCUCGAGCAGGACCCUGGUGGUGACUCGAACUACGUGCUGCUGUCGAACAUCUAUGCUGCCGAUGGGAAAUGGGAUGGCGUGGGCAAGGUCCGGAGCCUGAUGAAAGCCCGGAGAGUGAAGAAGACGCCAGGACACAGCGCCGUGGAGAUCGCCGGCGAUGUGCAUGAGUUUGUCUGCGGGGAUCGGUCGCAUCCUCAGGCUGGAGAGUUGUUCGACAUGCUUGGCCUGCUCAGAUAUGAGAUGGCAGGGUGCGAGAGCUGUCAAUGACUCAGGGCUGCUCGAGUGCAUAGACUGGAGACUUCCAGCAUUUGUAAAGGCUACUGUCCAUUAGAUGAAAAGAACCAACUUUAGGUUAGCAAAUUGUUGUGCUUGGCUGCUUGCUAUAUUAUUUCGGCCAUUGUGAAUCUCAUUGCAUGUACAACCUGUAGAAAAUGCAUCCAACAUGUACACCAAUACUGAUACAUCACAAUGGGAUUUGGUUAACCAUUUAUUUUUUGGAUAUGAACCUAACUAACCAUUUUGUGUAAACGGAUAUAUAGGUUAACCAUUUAG